AUGAUUGAAUCAGUGAUGGGUGUUAUUCACUAUGCGCAGGCCGCAGCUGACAUCGCAAUUGAUCGGAUAAAGCGUGAAAACUUGUUGCCGGGCUAUAAUUUCGAAUCCAUUAUUGGUAUGGACAAUUGCGAUGAGUCUGAAUCCACUGGUCAGACUGUAGAAUUGAUUCGAAGGAAAAACGUUGAUGUUAUCUUUGGUCCCAACACGAAUUUAGCCGGGUACCCCGCAUUUGCCAUCGCGACAUAUUAUAAUCUGCCAAUCAUUUCUUGGGGUUUAACGAGCGACUCCGAAUUCGAUAAUAUUGUCAGAUAUCCGACUACUGCAUUGAUGUCAACAACAUCUAGGGGUUUGGUAAUGGCGUUUCGAAAAGUGAUGCAGCAAUUUAAUUGGAAUCAAUUUGUGUACGGAUACUCAUUGAUUGAAGAGGACGACAAGUGUCUACCUCUAAGGAACAAUUUACAAGCAAUGGUUGGGAAGUACGCGGACAUGACGCUCUCGUUCACUUAUCAGAUCACCGAUGAUUCGGAAGAAGGCAUUCUCAAAGCAUUAGAGCAGCUUUCGAAAAGAGGACGAAUCAUCGUUGUAUGUUUUCCGGAAGGGAACAUGAAAGGUAUUCAUAGAAGAUUAACAAUGCUGGCGUAUGAGAACGGAUAUGCAACUGAUGAAUACGUUUAUAUAUUUCCCGCUCUUCGUUCGAAAGGAUACGUUGUUCCGAAUAAAGAUGGAACCACUAGACCUCCAUGGGUUCUUGAGAGUGGCCCAUCGGAAAAAGAUGAAUCUUCUCGGAAAGGAUUCCUCAAGACGAUAUUUAUUUGCGACAUGCAAGGACAAGGCCAACAAACUGGCAAUUAUUCAGUUUUCAAUCAAGAAGUUAUCGAAAGGAUGGGAAAACCCCCAUACAACUGCAUUGAGGAGUGUUCGGAUGUCGAAUUCAAAACUGCUGCCACCUAUUCGGGACAAUUGCAUGAUUCGGUGUAUGCCUACGGAAGAACGCUGAGCAAAAUUUUGCAAGAAAGUCCCGAAAAUUAUCGAAACGGAACUCACUUUGUUAAAAAUUUUCAGCAAAACUUCACUGGAAUAUCUGGGCCUGUCACAAUAAAUAGUCAUGGAACACGCAACCCAACACUUUACGUUCUAACACUUGAUGAGAACAGCUCGUCAUCUAUUAUCGCCACGGUUUUGGUGACUGAGGUGGAUGGGUUCAUCACGAAUAGAUAUGUAGAUGAAGGAACUGCUCUAUGGCAUUCACGAGCCAAUCGACAGAGGCCUCCUGAUGAACCUGUUUGUGGUUUCACUGGUUUGAAUUGUAAACCAAGCGUAUUUUUCGAAUACCUUGGAUGGUUUAUUACGGCUAUAAUAAUUGUGGUUAUCGCAAUUCUUGGAGCACUGGCAGCUUGUGUUAUAACAAUUAGGACGAAACGAAUGGAAGGCAAAACCGAUCAAAGUAUGCAUAGUUUGAGCAGUGGUCCCAGUACGAUUUCAUCGUCAAAAUCUGGGGUCUCAUUCGAAGCUGCUGAAAAAAGGCACUAUCUGUUCAUGACGAUACAAAACGGAAUGGAGCUUGAACGAGUUGCAGCUCGAAAGCACAAUGUUCGACCGAUAUUUGAUAAGCAUGAGUGUGCCGAAAUGAGACAGCAUCUUCAAGUCGAUCAUGCAAAUCUAAAUAAAUUCAUUGGAUUAUCGUUGGAUGGUCCCCAAUUAUUGUCGGUAUGGAGAUAUUGUUCUAGAGGAAGUCUGGCUGAUGUAAUUCGAAAAGCGACAAUCCAAAUGGACGGAUUCUUCAUUUAUUCAUUAAUGAAGGAUAUUGUUACUGGAAUCAGUUAUCUUCACAAUUCUCCAAUCGCUCAUCAUGGAAUGCUUACUUCCAAAAAUUGCCUUUUGAGUGAUCGAUGGCAGAUGAAAAUAUCCGAGUUUGGAAUCAGAAAAUUUCGAAUUAAUGAUCAAUAUUCGAAAAACGAUUUUUUGUGGACAGCUCCUGAACAUUUGAGGAAUGAUAAUUUGGAUGGAAGCAAAGAAGGAGAUAUUUACAGUUUCGGAAUAAUUAGUGCUGAAUUGGUUACACGGAAAUCUGUUUUUGAUAUUGAAAACCGAAAAGAAGAUGCUGAAGAAUUGCUCUAUUUGAUCAAAAAGGGAGGAAUGAAGGCCCCACGUCCAGAUUUGGAAUUCGAAGAAGCCAUGGAAAUAAAUCCAGCAUUGCUUCACCUCAUUCGUGACUGUUGGACAGAGAGACCUUCCGAGAGGCCCACUAUUAGGGAAGUGUAUUCUCAGCUGAGAGGAAUGAACAACAACCGAAAUGACAAUCUGAUGGAUCACGUGUUCAAUGUGCUCGAAUCGUAUGCUUCUACUUUGGAAGACGAGGUGUCUGAGAGGAUGAAGGAAUUGGUUGAAGAGAAGAAAAAGUCCGACGUACUUUUAUAUCGAAUGCUCCCCAAACAAGUUGCCGAUAAACUGAAACUCGGACAAACGGUUGAGCCAGAAACAUUCGACAUGGUCACUUUGUUCUUCUCCGACGUCGUCAGCUUCACGACACUCGCUUCGAAGUGCACCCCGUUGCAAGUUGUCAAUCUGCUCAACGAUCUCUAUACGAUAUUCGACAGCAUCAUUGACCAACACGAUGUCUAUAAGGUGGAGACAAUCGGAGACGGCUAUCUGUGUGUGUCCGGACUGCCCCAUCGGAAUGGCAAGGAGCAUGUCCGACACAUUGCCAGCAUGUCUCUGCUCUUUGUAGGAGCUCUUGACAACUUUCGAGUCCCUCAUCUUCCGACCGAACAAAUUCGAAUUCGUGUCGGAUUUCAUAGCGGCUCUGUGGUUGCCGGAGUUGUUGGACUGACGAUGCCGAGAUAUUGCUUAUUCGGCGAUGCUGUGAACACGGCGAGUCGAAUGGAGAGUAACAGCAAACCUGGAAAAGUGCACAUCUCGAGUGAAGCUAACCAACUGCUCACCGAGCUUGGAGGAUUUAUCACCGAACCCAGAGGGGAAGUUAUCGUUAAGGGUAAAGGAGUUAUGCAGACUUAUUGGCUUUUAUCAAUGCUGGAACACGGCGCACCAAAAUUAAAGGAAACUUAA